GAUCAUUAAAAAGAAGAUAUUAUGGAGCUCAUCAUCAAAGUCCUGAGUGGGGAAACAAAGACCGUGCAAGUGAAUCCAGGUGACACGAUUGGUGCACUCAAGCAAAAAGUUGCCCAAAUCUUUAAUGCAAGACCUUCACGGCUGAAGCUUUCUGUCACCAAUGGGUGUGUCGUGCAGCUGGACAAUGACCAGGAGACUGUGAGCAGUUAUGGUCUGAGUUCAGGGGCCACGGUGAUGCUGCUGAUCUCCAUGACUCCCGUGCCGCUUCAGGUGUUUGUGAAGAAUGAGAAGGGACAGAUGAAGACAUAUGACAUCACUGACGAUGAAACUGUUGAUCAGUUGAUGAAAAAGGUUCACCAAAUUUAA